CUGAAGGCGUUGUCGGAGGCGCGGCAGCACGAGGAAGUAUCACGUGGUCUGCGUGACUUGCUCCAGCGAGCCUCCAAUGACGUGGACGUUCUCCGGUUCGCCUUUGUCCACGCCCAGCAGCGGGACGAUUUGGACGGGGCAGCAAAACUUCGAAGAGGCAGAACGUUACUACCUGAAAGCUUUGAGCCUUGAACCGGACAACGAGCUGUGUGCUGCCAACUUACAAAAACUGCGGAAAGUUUGGAAGAAAUCUUCAGACUCUCUGGCUAAGACGUAACAUCGAUAAUACCCCUCCCCCCUUUUCAUUUUUUAAACCUUUCUCACAAUUGCAUUGUUGUGAUGAAUCAUACCUUAUACGGUCAUCGUGUCUGCAUGCUAUGAUGGGAUGUGGAAACUUUGGAAACCUUGAGAAUUUCCCUACCAAUGAGAUUCAAGCCUCAAAACGACUGUGAGAUACAUGUCCAAAUCAUAGACUAGAACUCCUAGACUGACACUGUCAUCGCCACCGUGAUCUCUCGCUCUACUCUUUGUAGAAGCUUUGCUGUGGAUGUUCGUACCAUGGGACAUGGCGCUGUUACGCCCUAAUGAAGAGCGAAAAACAGUCUACAGAGGAGUGAAGCUGAUGUGUCGCCUGAGUGCGGAGGAAGAAGAGUUUUGUUUUAGUAAGAGUUUCACGGCGCUUGCAACACAAUAAGGUCAUAUAAGUUCCGAAGAUUAGAGGUGUUACAAGAGAGUAACAAACCCACAAAAGGAGGAGAGAUCAGGAUGGUAGAUGUUUGAUAGGAAAGAAGGAGCAAACGACACCAGAGCAUCCGCCAACCACCCAUGGAAGAAGAGUGACUGUGAAACGUAGACAGAGACAUCAUACAGCUGGGAGGAAAGUUACACACAGGACAGUGACACGAUGAGACAGUCAUAUCGUCACGCUCAUGAGAUAAAUGCCUAAGUUAUUUUUAGCUGUUUUGGGAUGAUGAGAAAAACCCCCAACAAAACAACCUGUUUCUUUCGAAUAAUUGACUCUGUGAAAAGCUUGAAUUUUGGUGCGCUCAAUUUUAUAUUUGGAUAAUUUUUUUGUCCAAGUAAACUAUAUUGUCAAACUGGCUCUGCCCUUCAUUUCAGUACCAAAAAUUCCAAACCGGCCCAAAAUAACUAAGACAAUUAUCUUAUAAUGAGUGUAAUGAUAUGACUCAUUAUGAACAGAUCAUUCGCCCAGGGAGUUUAAAAUUCUUCUUAUAAUAUAUGACAUGUAUAAAUAGAACAUUGAAACUUCCCCCAUCCCCUUUUCCCCUCACAUUAACACUCCCCCCCCUCACUAAGCAAAGGGGAUCCCCCCCUGGGACCCCACCUCCCACAUUGCAAAGGGGAACCCCCCGAAACCCCCCCCCCCCCCACCGACACCCGCCAGAAACCAGUCUUUUUGUAGACUGCAAAUAAUAUAUUUACGGUAAGCUUGUCACGUAAUUACAUGUAGUUCUACAUACACAAUCAUAAAACCUGCAUUUAUACUCAAGUAUUUGGCGUGCGCUGUGCUUUGAUGAUUUUGUUUAGCUGUACACAGGUUGCAUAGCCUCACCUCUGCAAAGACUAUCGCUCUAUAGAACACUUCAGUAUUACAUUUAAUUCAUAGUGAAGUAGCAUACUCAUAUUUCAGGUUACACAUUUUUAAAUGUACACGUAUACAUUUCCUGUAAACAUAUUUUUUAGCCUUUCUUUUGCAACCGAUAUUUUAUGUAUACACGUACACCUACCU